AUGGAAGCCAGGUUCGUAACCUGCCGGAGUUUCCAGCAAAUCAAGCCGCCCGAAAAGAGUUUAGCCCCGCCGCCCACUGUCAAGGGGCUGCUAUCUCGUUUCGGGAGCCAGGCUCAAGCGUUAUUUGCACCGAAGAAACAGAAGUUUGGUUCGUCCGUUGCUAUCCAUAAGCUAAGGGAAACCAAGUGGUUCAAACAUGAAGAGCAGAAUAUAUUGUGUGCGGUUCUCGAGUCGGGAUUCGUGUUGGAAGUACGAGCGGAAGACCCUCUGCCGCCAGAUUCUGUGGUCUCCGCUGACUACCAUAUGUACGCCAUUGCCAUGUGGAAGAAGGGUAAAGAAAAAACAAAGAACCCGGAACAGAUAGAGGUGUACACCGUCCAACAGAAGGGCGUAAGGAAACGUAUUAUCAAGACUACUCUGAGUAACUUCUGGAAGAAGGACUCCGUGAUAAGAAUCAACAAUGUUGAUGACAAACAGGAGACCCCCAACAGUGAGAAGGACAUAAGAGCCAAGCUUGACAUGGCUACCAAGUCCAGGUUCGAGAGGAAUUGGCAUAACACACUGCACUUCGUCCACUGGUGCCGAUAUGGUGAAACGCCGCAAGAAGCUCGAAUGCGACAGGUUAGCGAGUCACUAAAAUGGGGUAACAUCGGAAUGAAUAUGGGCGUGAUGCUAGUCAGCCAGAACAACGCGCGUCCAAAAGCAAAGUCCGUCUGA